AUGGGAAACGUUGCACCAAGGCUUGACGGAUCGUUCAUCGAAAGAUCGGGAAGAAUAUGGGUCAGUUCUCCAAGCGGAAAUACGUUCAGAUGGAUUCAGGAUGGUACUGGAAGAGUUGCUACUGGUAUUGCUGUACCUUUGAAUGGAGGAUUGAGUUGGGCUGUUUUUAUAACUUUUGAUGGUAACACCCAUUGGAAAUUAACUCCAUCGUUGGAUGGCUCGCAAUUGGUUGGACCCAGUGAUAUCUUCACUAGAAUGACCGUGUCCAAUAUGCCCGUGAUGAAUCCAUGUGCAACAGUGAUCACAGAUGUCCCAACUCUUAUUGGAGCUAGUUUUGUUGAAAAUUCUGGCAAGUACUGGUCUUGUCUCAUGCAUGAAGGAGGAUACUUUACUUUGCAAAAUCAAUCCGAUGGCAGAAAAUGUGAGGGUUAUGUGGUUCGAGAUCCAACCAAAUUUGCCUAUGUCAUGUAUUUGGUAUUCCAUAACAACGGAACAGAUGUCAUCAUGAGAGUUGAAACAAAUGACAUGAACGUGUUGCCUUUACCUAACGGAGAUGUUUUCAGAAGGAAUAAUGUCUCUUAUAACACUGGAAUUAUGUAUCCGCCACAACAACCCUCGAUUCCAACCAUGCCUUCUUAUCCUCAAGUAAUGCAACCAAAUCAAGGUUAUACACCAAAUUAUCAACAACCAUAUUAUCCACAACAACCACAAAUCUACCAACAACCACAAGUGCAAGUACAUUCACUUCCAAUGACACGUAUACUUCGUAUCGGAGGUGGCAAAGAUGGUGUCACCCAUUGGACAAGAUGGCAAGGAAAGACAAACUCGAGUGUUGAUGGAUGGGAAAUGAAAUUCAAAGUUGAUCAAUUUGGAAACGUGUCUGGAAGUAACAAGAAUGAUAACGCAGGAGCUAUCACAAAGCACUAUUCUGGUACCUUUAUUAACAAUUAUUUAGAUGUCAAGGUAACAUGGGAUGAUGGACGAGCUGCAACUUAUAAAGGCUCCGUCACUGGAAAUAAGGUCAGAAUAGAUUUUGUGAUCACAUCCGUGGGAACACAAGGAGGAUGUGUUGGAGAUGCUGGAGUGAAUACUGGAACCUUGUUCGAGACAUUUGAGGAUCCUAAUAUCAAACACUAUAGAAUUGGAGGCGGAAAAGAUGGUUUAACUUCAUGGACAAGAUGGAAAGGGGUAGCUACAAAUUCCACAGUGGCAGGGUGGGAAAUGAAAUUCCAAGUAGAUCAAUAUGGAAAUGUAUCUGGAAGUAAUAAGAACGACGGUAGUUCCAUCACUAAAUACUACUCUGGAACAUUUAUCAAUAAUUAUUUGGAUGUCAAGGUAACAUGGGAUGAUGGAAGAGCUGCAACUUAUAAAGGCUCUGUCACUGGGAAUAAGGUCAGAAUAGAUUUUGUGAUCACAUCUGUGGGAACACAAGGAGGAUGUGUUGGAGAUGCUGGUGUGAAUACUGGAACACUUGUACAAAUUUAA